AUGGGGAUGGCUUUGCUUCAGUCAGAAUUGCUCCUGCUGCUCCUCCUGCUAGCUCUGUUUGGCAACACUGUGAAAGGACAGCGGGACCCAGAGGUGUUCUGUGGAGCUUGCAAGGCCCUUGCGAACGAGCUGACAUAUGAUAUUAAGAAAAUCGGUCCAAAGAGGACUGUGAAUUCAGGGACAUUUCGAAUAAACCCUGACGGCACACGAGGAAAGAAAAAGAUCCCUUUUGCAAAAUCUGAGACCUUUUUAACGGAUGUUUUGGAAAAGAUAUGUGAUCGAAUGAAUGAUUACCAACUCCAAGAGGAUCCAGACACGAAGAAAAGAAUAUUCAAGAGAUAUGCUCCUCGGAAGGAUGAGGAAAUCUAUGCAGAAUAUAAAAAAUACUUUUUUUAUUCUGAUGCUUAUAAGCCCUUAAAAUAUGCGUGUGAAACUAUCAUAGAACAGUAUGAAGAUGAAAUAUUCUCACUUAUCGCCCAGGAGGCAGACUUUCUGGCUGACAAGUUGUGCAUUGAAAAAUCAGGUCUUUGUGAAAAGCCUGAGGAGACACAUACUGAACUCUAGCAAAACAGCAGCCGACUAAUAUUACGGAUGAAGAAUGAUGACUGAAGUCGCUCUACGGUCUCUACCUUCCAUUCUUAUUUUCACUUUUAAAAAAACUAUCUAAAAACUGUGGGUUUUAAAAAAUUGACAGACUAAUAUAUUAAAAUUGCCAUUUGCCACAUUUGUUGAGUACACUAGACCAGGACUUGUUUUGCUAGUUGGAGGAGAAAAUUCUUCCAUAAUAAGGCUGUUGUGUCAUUCAUACUAACUUCUAAGAAAUCCAGAGGCUCUUUAUAAGAGGAAUUGUUAGUUCUGACUGGUAGAAUGUUGACCAAUGCUGAUCACCACAAGGUGAUGAAGUUAAAUUAUAGUGCUAGUGUAUUGUUCUGUCAUUUUAGCCAAAGCUUGAUUUCCCAGAAUAUAUGAAUAUAGAAGGCCUAACCUUAAAUAUGGAGUGUAAACCUGCUUAGCUCAGAGUUAGCAAUUGCUUACAUGGGUGUGAUCACCUGGAAGUCACAGAGGAAAUGCUAAACCACUCCUUGACCUGUCAACCAACUCUGUGGUGGAGUUGCAACUUCUUUGCACCAGUAAAGUCUC